CCGCUUCCCCAAAAUGGCGCCGCUCUUGUAAGCUGUGCUCCGGCUAGUUUCGCGAGCGAAAAGUGCGUGCUCCUUGUGUUUGCUUGUGGUUUCUUCUUCUUCCGAGGUUUAUUUUGGCUCUUCGUCCGCUUCAAGGAACGGAAGGCUCCUUCAUCGGCUGACGGGGUAGGUGCAAGGACCAUAUGUUCCUUAGUACUUGGCCUGCCCGUAUGUACGAGAACCAGCUCUUGUAACUCCCAAGUCCUCUGGCCCCGGACAGACGCGUCCUUGCCUGAACGUAAACAACACCGACGGCGCACACCGCUCGUGGCCUUCCGGUUCGAUCUUGGUGCCGCGCCGAGAGGACAGUCAUAAAUAAAGCUACAAAAAAAAAAGAAAGGAAAACACGGCGGCGCAAGGUUGACGUGGGUCCAGCUGGGGUGCAACGAGUCCCGGUGCGUGGCCUGCCCCGGCAAGAGAAAGAACAAAGUGCGCAGCCAGCUGCCGAAAGGGGCAAAGGUCGAUGGCACGGCGUCACGGCAGCAGCAGCAGGGCACGAGGCCACCUGACCCUAUGAACACCAGUGCCAACAGCCUCGCGCCCGGAGAGCCCAACAUGUCGGCCACCGGCUCUGGGCGUGUCAAGGUUUCCCUUGGUCCUGGCCGGUCUCUUAUGGACUGGAUCCGGUUGACCCACGCCAAUCCAAACCUCUCUGGGGUCAACGGCCGCUUUCUGGAGGUCACCUACGAGGAGCUGGUCAAGCACAACAAGAAGGACGAUGCCUGGAUUUGUCUGAAAGGUCGUGUGUACAAUGUUACUCCAUACAUGGAAUACCACCCCGGUGGUGUGGACGAGCUGCUCAGAGGUGUUGGGACGGAUGCCACUGACCUGUUCAACCAGGUGCACAAGUGGGUUAACUUUGAGUCCAUGCUCGAGAAGUGCCUCAUCGGCAAACUUGUUGGCCCUGCCAUUCAAGUUCGCAAAUCUAGUUUUCCAGUGCCAAGGAUACCGUUCAUCAAAAAACUUCAAAGGACCGACACAGCAACCUCCGAAGAUGUUCCAGACAUCAGCCAAGAGACAUCGCCUAAGCCGGCUGUUAGCUACGAGUGGUUUCAAGAUGACUCGACGGUCACCAUCACCAUUCAGUCCAUGGGGGAUGCCUUCAUUGAAGAAGAUAAAGUUGUGGCGGACCUAUCAGGGAAGAAUCUUCGGAUACGAAUUCGAAUGGCUAAAUAUUUUUACUUAUUUCACGUCGAAUUGCAAGAUAAUGUGUAUAGUAGCUAUAAUGUCCAGGUAAAAUGCAAGCUAAAAUGCCUGGAAGCCCAGCUAGUGAAGGAAAGAAAUUGUGUGUCCUGGUCCAGCUUAGGCUCCUUUUUGUCCGACCACAACCAGCUAGUGCCUUUGAAAAAUUCUGAGAGCUUUUCCCGUAGUUGCACCCUAGUGAAUAAGGACAGUGUGACCCACGACAUCACACUGUUCAGCUUCAUGCUGCCGCAAGGCUCAUAUAUGUGGGUGCCCAUUGGGCAUCACGUGACACUGGAACAUGAUGUCAAAGGAAUGCGAAUAUCUCGGAGUUACACCCCAGUCAUCCCUGCGCUGAAGGCUGAAGAGGCCGGGUCUGAUGGGAAGACAGUGCACCUGAUGAUCAAGGUCUAUUCUGAAGGGGCCCUGACUCCCGUGCUGAACACCCUCGAGAUCGGCGACAAGGUGGACAUGAAGGACACGGAAGGUGACUUCGAGCUGUCGGCCUUGGAGAAGUGUCAGAACCUUAUCCUCCUUGCUGCUGGGACAGGCUUCACACCCAUGGUGCGACUGCUGCAUUGGGGCCUCUUUGUCUCCAGGCAGAUUGACAUAAAGAUGAUGACAUUCAACAAGACUGUGAGGGACAUCAUUUGGAAAGAGGAGUUGGAUCGACUACAGGAAGGACACAAUCGGCUACACGUUGAGCACAUACUGUCAGAACCUGACGAUUCUUGGGAAGGCGCCCGAGGCCGUGUGCGGAGUGAACUGCUGGAGCGCCUGCUUCCCGAGGACAUCCGCCAGAGUGACUCCCUGCUCGUUUGCAUCUGCGGCCCGCUGCCGUUUACCAAGACUGCGCUGAAGUGCCUGGAAGACCUACAGUGCCCUUCAAAGUCCGUGCACGCUUUUCUCGGUUGAAGGACACUCGGCAGUGUGUGCAGAAAGGAGCCGGGUCACGAUCUCUGCGCCAUCAAUGUGCCAUUAUUGCUGGGCUUGAGAUUCUCGUGCCGUGAAAUAGGUAGUGGCAGUGACGGCCAUGUUUUGCAUCAUGACAUUCAGAAAAUUUUUUAUACGUAACUGCUUUGUUAUGCAUAAAUUACUGGUUAUUUCCAUGUCAAUUAUCUUGCGGAUGCGGCAGUUAUUGGUCCCUGUUCCCUUGCAGAUAUUGUGCUACAGCUCGAAGUUUGCCUUGUGCAGCCCUGAUCGUUGAAAAGCCGGUCAAACCAGCUUGAGUGGAUUUUCAGUGCUGUGCACGGGUGUUUCUCUGUGCCCGUGUGUUGUUGCAGAAGGUUGCCACAACAGGGCACACAGCUGUCCUGAGAGGAAGCUUUAGCCAGAGGCCAACAGCAAUUUCUCUAUUCAAAUUGCAUGUAAAAUGCAGAAAUAUUGUUAUGAGACAACCGUGCUGGACAAACUUCAAUGAAAUGUGUUACGUUUGAGAGAAAAGUUUGCAUUCAAGUUACUCUUGCAAGUAGAAAUUUGAUUUGUAGCUUGUAAUUUUUACAAAAGUUCUUGUAUAUGGGUAAGUUUAAAGAAAGCCGAACCACAAAGUAUACGAAUCCAUAACUCUGCACCAAGAACAGAUAUCACACUUCUGUAAACUGUGUUUCCUAGAUCACCUAAAGCGGACUGAUAUUCUACAGAAACUUACAGCUUUUGUUAAACUGUUGCAAUGUUUACGAGGGUCUUGCAAAAGUCCCCCUCACGCAUUAGUGGUAUAACUUGGAGUUGUGCAUAAAACAUCCAUUUUCUCCACGUUAGAUGCCUUACUAGACAGAGUUUACGGAAUUGUGAUACUGUUAUUUAUUAAUGAGCUGGAGUCGUAACCUUGGUAUAUGAGCUUCUUUCAAUUUUGCAAUUUUCGACAAUGUUGUACAAUGAUGAUGGCCUAAAUUUUAAAAAUCUGCCUCCUGCAGUCAGUAGAUUUUAACUUUCUUCUUUUAAAUGCAACAAACCUCAUCAAAACUGGUGCAGUAGUUGCAGAGAAAAUCGAUAUCUCCAUUCCCUUGUGUUUAUUUAGGAGGUCCAGAGCUAAAGCUUCGUGUUGUGUUACUGAGGCCUGGGGCCAAAAUAGUGGUUUUUAAUUUCUGUCCCACUUGUUUGUGAAGCCAGUACAGUGCAAGGACAUAUGGUCAUGGGACACCCUGCAGAGCUUUACCAGAAACUGCACCAUGAAACUUCACAGUCCACCUAUCAGGAAAUGUUUCAGCAAAAUGCCCUUUCCUUAUGCGGCAAUUUAUUAGUGAUGCUUAUGCAUUGCAGUAGGUGCUAGAGUGCACACUGUGAAGCCAUUUGUGCAUUUUCCCCCACUGGAUUAUCAAUUGUAAAUCACAGCCAGUUAUUUAAACAUAAAUUUAAUAUUCCUGCUGCAACAAUUUCUUGUGAUAAGACAUUUGCCAUUUCCAGUCCAGAUAUGUCUGACCCACGUGGAUCUUGCUGCUUGCGGUCAUCGCAAGCUGGAUGUCUCUUGUGUCAUUUUCGUAGAAACUACAGGAUUGAACUUAUGUGCCAAGAAGUCAAUACUUAAGAAACUUCUCACCGGAGACCAGUGAAACUGAUGAUUGCAUCAGGUUUCAUGGUUGCCAUAUCAGACACAGUUGUUUCAGACAGGAGAAUCUUUAGCUCAGCACCUAGUACUGUAUGCCACAUGCUUGUGCUGUACACAUGCCUGUACGUUUCCAACAAAAAGGCAGAACUACUUCAUAUCGCCUAACGAAUUUCUUUUGUACAUUGCUCAGCAAACCCAAUGAUGUACAUGAAUGUGGCACACAUGCACUGUUAUAACCAUUUCAGAAUUAUAUUUCGAAGCCCGUUC